AUGGGUGCAGCCAACGAUCGACUCUAUGACAUCGAAAAAUUCUCUCCGAGGAUGCAACAAGACUCAAACAAAACUUCGUCAAUCAAAGCUAUGCAUGAUCUAGCUCGACGACAUAAAAUUGUUGCUGAAUAUCAAUUAGAAAAAGAAUCUGGCCCAGCUCAUGCAAAAAUGUAUACAGUUCGACUUCGUCUAGGUGACAAGGAAUAUAUCGGUGUUGAUCGGAGUAUUAAACUAGCACAACGUGCAGCAGCAUUUUCAGCUCUUAAUGAUCACAGUUAUUUAUUGUCCAUAAAUCCACUGACACAAGAGAAACCAACUCCGCCCUCACCAACUGUUGCACUGAAUGCAUGGGCGGCUCGGCAUCAUAUACCAACUCGAUAUGUUUUACUAAAAGAACAGCAUCUUCCAGUGACAAAGAAUCCGUCGUGGAAUCGACCUCAAACUUUAUUCUAUUACCGUUUACAUUUCGGACAAGAUCUCGUUUUCGACGGGCAAGGUCCAUCGCAUCAACAAGCUCGGUCAAGUUGUGCUUCUCAAGCAUUACAUUUCAUACAGAAUAAUCCAGCGCCACUUAUCAUAUCAAUACCGACACAAAUUCAACCGAAAUCACCAAUCGCUCUUAUGUAUGAACGCGCAAAACAACUAGGUUUUUCAGUUCAACUUGAACAACAUGAUCCAUUAUCGGUAACAUACCGUAUUGGUGAACAAUACUUAACAACUGGUACAGGUCAAACAAAACAAGCUGCUAAAGAGAUCGCCGCAGAAAAGAUGCUCGAAAUCUUGCCUUCGCCUGCUGAAAAAGUUAAACCCAAGUCAAUUCGUAAACAUAACAAACAACAUAAGAAAUUCAUCGAACAGAAAGGCUCAACUGAAUACAGUCUUACUGAAGAGAUCAAUCCUAUCACUCGUCUUUAUCAAAUAGCCCAAGCACGUGAUACGCCUGUUGAAUUUAUCCAAUUAGAAGAACUUACCAACGAAAAGCAAUUCUUUUUUCAAGUGAAAUUUGGUGACAACGAAUGUGCAGAUGGUUGUGGUAAGAGUAAACAAGCAGCAAAACGCUGUGCUGCAGAAAACUUAAUAGCAAAAUUAAAUCCCGAACUAACAGGAUCUCUCAUGAUUUCAUUACCUCCUCCGCCUAUCAAAGGUUCACUUAAACGCAACGAAAGUUCUCCGAAACAGCAAGAGAAGAAGCAUGUACAUUUCCUUGAAGAGCAAAUCAUUGAACACGAAAAGACAUUAAACAAUCAUCAUUCAGUAUUUACAAUUAAACAGCAAUUAAUCACCGCUUGUCAAAAACUGAACAUUCAAAUUCAAUACGAAGAUCAAUUGGCAGCUAACGAAGACAAUCAAUACGAAUCGAUCUUGAGUCUAUCGAAAGGCGAUCGACUUCUUGCGAAAUUUCGUGGCCAUGGUCUGUCUGUCGUACGUGCGCAUGAAAAUGUGUCGAUGAGUGCUUGGAAAAAUCUACGACAACUCUUCAAUGGAUCGAUACCUGUACCGCGGACAAACUGUAACCGAUAUAUUCGUUAUAUGCACCCUCAACUUACUGUUCAACAGCAAUAA